AUGGACAACAUCUUGGAGAUUCUACAGACCAUUCAUAUUGGUGUAGACGUUGCAACUUUCCUUUUCAACACUGGACGUAUUAUAAAAGCAGUAGACAUCUGUAACGAAUGUUUGGUGCUCCUUAACGGUAAAGCCCUAGAGACAAUCAAAGAACUUACCACACCACUUCUUAUCUAUGUAUACCGUAAACUUCUUGAUGGCUAUACUCGUGUGUACGAUCACACCCGUGCGACAGAAUGUGGUAAAAAGCUUCUAGUGACACUACACAAUACAGGCCAAAAAGAAGAAGAAGGGAUGACAUUACUUAAACUAGCGAACAUCUACUAUCAAACAUGCAAAUACGAGGAAGCAAAACAGUUUUACGAGAAGGCACUCAGCAUCAUGAUUAAGGCUGGAAAUAAUCACAGAGUUGGAAUAUGUUACGGAAAUCUAGGAACUGUGUUUGAAUCUGUUGGUCAAUAUACCAAGGCUGAAGAAUACCUUCGAAAAGCACUAGUGAUCAGCAAAGAAAUCGGUGACAAACGAGGAGAAGCAUCUGCUUACGGAAAUCUAGGAACUGUGUUUGAAUCUGUUGGUCAAUAUACCAAGGCUGAAGAAUACCUUCAAAAAGCACUAGUGAUCAGGAAAGAAAUCGGUGACAAACGAGGAGAAGCAGCAGAUUACGGAAAUCUAGGAACUGUGUUUGAAUCUGUUGGUCAAUAUACCAAGGCUGAAGAAUACCUUCAAAAAGCAUUAGUGAUCAGGAAAGAAAUCGGUGACAAACGAGGAGAAGCAUCUGCUUACGGAAAUCUAGGAACUGUGUUUGAAUCUGUUGGUCAAUAUACCAAGGCUGAAGAAUACCUUCAAAAAGCACUAGUGAUCAAGAAAGAAAUCGGUGACAAAAAUGGAGAAGCAUCAGCUUACGGAAAUCUAGGAACUGUGUUUGAAUCUGUUGGUCAAUAUACCAAGGCUGAAGAAUACCUUCAAAAAGCAUUAGUGAUCAGGAAAGAAAUCGGUGACAAAGAAGGAGAAGCAGCAGAUUACGGAAAUCUAGGAACUGUGUUUCUUUCUAUUGGUCAAUAUACCAAGGCUGAAGAAUACCUUCAAAAAGCGCUAGUGAUAAGAAAAGAAAUCGGUGACAAAGAAGGAGAAGCAGCAGAUUACGGAAAUCUAGGAAUUGUGUUUGAAUCUGUUGGUCAGUAUACCAAGGCUGAAGAAUACCUUCAAAAAGCACUAGUGAUCAGGAAAGAAAUCGGUGACAAAGAAGGAGAAGCAUCAGAUUACGGAAAUCUAGGAAUUGUGUUUCAAUCUGUUGGUCAAUAUACCAAGGCUGAAGAAUACCUUCAAAAAGCACUAGUGAUCAGGAAAGAAAUCGGUGACAAAGAAGGAGAAGCAGCAGAUUACGGAAAUCUAGGAACUGUGUUUGAAUCUGUUGGUCAAUAUACCAAGGCUGAAGAAUACCUUCAAAAAGCACUAGUGAUCAGGAAAGAAAUCGGUGACAAAGAAGGAGAAGCAGCAGAUUACGGAAAUCUAGGAACUGUGUUUCAAUCUGUUGGUCAAUAUACCAAGGCUGAAGAAUACCUUCAAAAAGCACUAGUGAUCAAACAAGAAAUCGGAGACAAAGCUGGUGUUGGAGCUUCAUACUUAAAUCUGGCAAAACUUUGUCCAGAAUUUCAACUUACUGCAAAGAGUCAAGAAUUUGCUAAUAAAGCACUUGAGAUAAGUUACGAAAUAGGGGACAUUGAAAUGCAGUUUAACAGCCACCUUACCAUUGCUCUGAACGAGUUAGUGGCAGGAGGAAGCAUAACCAAACUUCUGCGAAAUCUGUAUGAAAGCAUUCAGAAGUGCGAAGAAAUGCAUGAUUUUUUAAGAGCGAAAGAUCAAUUCAAAAUUUCUUUUUUUGAUGAGCAUGUGUCCCCUUACCUUCUUCUUUGUAGGUUGUUAAUUGCUACAGGCAAUUAUUAUGAAGCUCUUUACGUUGCCGAGCUUGGACGAUCCAGAGCACUGACAGACGUACUUUCAGAUAAUUACUCUGUGGAAAAAGGGGUAUCAGCCAACCCACAGUCAUGGAUUGGUAUUGAGAACAUUAUGAACAAAAAUGCACUUAGUUCUUGUCUUUAUGUUUCCUGCUUCGGGGAUAAUAUGUACUUUUGGAUCCUCAAGCCAAACAAAAUGAUAGCUUUUCGACAAACGAGACUCAAAGAAAGUGCAGAUAAAGUGUUUGGAAAUCAGACACUUGGUGGCUCUCUUGAUUUACGUCAAGACCAAUGCGAAGAUCGAUCAUUAUUUUCAUGUGUAAGUUCCCCGCUAUCAUGCGAACAAUCUCAGAGUGACAGUUCCGAAUCUUUGCGUCUUAUCGAAGAAGGGGAAGACGAAAAUCACGACUCUAAACCUUUAACCCUUGCUGUUGGUUACACCAUGAUAGUCGCUCCUGUAGCUGACUUACUCCAAGAAUCAGAAAUCAUUAUUAUACCGGAUAACUUGUUGUAUCCUAUUCCUUUUGCUGCUUUAAAGGAUGGUAAUGGAAAGUAUUUAUCGGAUACUUUCAGGAUUCGCAUUGCCCCUUCCUUGACGACUCUUAAGUUGAUUCAGCUCAGUCCAGCAGACUACCAUAGUAAAACUGGUGCACUGAUCGUAGGAGAGCCAGAGGUUAGUAUUGUAUACUACCAAGGAAAAAGUCGACAGUUACCGCCACUGCCUGGGGCGAGAAAGGAAGCAGAGAUGAUCGGGCGACUGCUCGGUGUUCAACCGUUGCUUGGAAAGGAUGCAACUAAGAAGGCAGUCCUGGAAAGCAUGCAUUCAGUAAGUCUCAUUCACUUCGCUGCUCAUGGUUAUGCCGAACGUGGAGAAAUAGCUCUUUCCCCUAUAAGCUCCUGCGGAACUCCACACGAAGAAGACUACUUAUUAACGAUGGCUGAAAUUUCACAAGUUCGACUAACAGCCGAGCUGGUUGUCCUUAGCUGCUGUCAUAGUGCACGUGGUCAGAUCAGAGCUGAGGGAAUUGUUGGAAUCGCUCGAGCAUUUCUAGCAUCGGGUGCACGCGCCGUGCUGGCGGCGCUGUGGGCUGUAGAUGACGAAGCUACUAUGUGGUUUAUGAAUUGUUUUUACCAGCACCUUGUUCGUGGUGAAAGUGCCAGUGAAUCUCUUCAUCAGGCCAUGAAGUCGAUGAGAGAGACUCGCUUUCCUGACGUCAAGCAGUGGGCACCCUUUAUGCUGAUUGGAGAUAAUGUGACAUUCAAAGGUUUGUAUUUGAAAUCAUUUUUAGGUUUUUUAGUUAUCUUAAUCAAAAUUUGUGAAAUUGAUGUUCGUGACACUACGCAUCAUUUUGAAAUAUAUUAUUAAGGGAGUUAUGAUGAAUUUUCUUAGUUUUUUUAUUGUGUUUUCCAACCCUUUUCAUAGAAGUGAGGCAACUGGAGAGAAGGCCGAAUUCAAUUAGUCUCCGAUUUUUAUGGAAUAUUUCGUAAAGCAUGCUCGAUUCUCUAACUAACUAAAAUGAAAAUGUAAAAAACGAUAUUUGAGAUUCCAAAUAGCAUACGAAAACAAUUUACAGUGAAACCUGUAUUAAUCGGACACCCUUGGGGAAUGCUGUAGUGUCCGCUUAAUACGGUGGCCGCUUAAUACAGGUUUCACUGUAUUAAUAAAUCAUACAGAAGAGAAGUAAGUGUUAAACACAGUUUUUCUUGAGGGUGUACCUGAUAAAAGACAAAAUGUAGCCUGUUCCAGGCUCCGCCACUGAGUCGCUCCGCACGCCUUUCACCGCUUCAUCCCUACUAUCUGAGAGCCUGGAACAGGCUAAAAAACGCUGCUAGUAUUUUUAGUCUUAAAAAGAUUCAUUCUCUGGGAACCAGAGAAAGCUCAGAGGGUAUACGCACUAAUUACCAGUGGGCGGGAGUUUAAAAGCAGACGGGAAGAUUCCCUGGGCACUUAAUCUAGCCCAAGCAGCUGCAGGAGCAUUUGAUUUUGCAACUUCUAUUUUAUACAGGUAUUUUUCUGGCAAAUGAGCUAAGGGCAACUCCCUUGUCGAUUUCGUGUGUUCUUAAAAGGAGGUUUUUUGUCAUCAAUCGCCUCUUUUAUGAUGCUUGUUCCGCGGAGAAGUCAAAGGAUUUAAUAUGCCCCCAAGAAAGUAUUUCAUUCGAUUCGAUUGGGUUUUACAAUACGUUUUGCUUUAGUUCUCUUCGUAGUUGCGAUUUUGUGCCAGAGGAGAUGGCUGAUAUUCUGGGCAACCAUUGCACAGGCUGCUUGGGCUGCUCGGGCGGCAAUGGAUGGUAUGGCUGGCUUGAUAUCAAUCUCCUGCUUCAAACUAUAAUCUGAUCAGUAUACAAAAAGGAAACGAAUCGAAGGAAUUUGAAAAAAAGUAAAAUAUUCUCACUGCAUACAUAAUUGGCCGGGGACGGGGAAAUUAAGUAACUCUUUUAAAUUCUCGUGGCAUGAUGCAUUGAGGCCCUUGGUUAGAAUUGCUUAGUUUUUGCCCGCUUCUUGGCUAGUUCAACGGGGUUCAGUGGAAGUGACUUAGAAGUUUCGCCCCUCCCACCUCCCCUGGUGGCGGUUGACGUCGCUUACUCUCAUUAUUCGGCAUGCCUAUUGUCCUGGCAGUCGCGGUUGCCUCCCACAACUUAUUUCUCCGUGUCGGAACAAUAGGUAUGCGGUGCGAAUAUUAUACGAACCACAUUUAAGCUGAAAGUAAUACAAUAUGACUUUACUGAAUUUUUAGCAUAUAAAUGAUUCCUCAAAAUGUAAAGGUUUUGUUAUUUGUUUGACUUUGAAAAAAUCUGUGCCAGAUGUUUAGGUAAAACAUUUAGCGCAACGAGCAACAGAAACAUGUUGAUCGAUGGCUAAAAUACAUCGUGCAAAGAAAACAUACGAAAAGGAACCGUCAUGAUUAGUUUCUUUUUAUUUGCAUCGCAGGUGCAUUUGAUAAGAGUAGUUUGGAAGAUGGCGAAGGUGCAACGGAAACAAAGAACUGA